AUGAAUAUCCCUGAGCUGCAGCUCCCGCCGGCGCUGUUCUUUCUUGAAUCAGUAUGCCCAGGGUUGCUGCUGCUUGACGACAACACCCACUUUUCAACGGCGGGCGAAGUGCCUGAACAAGUACUGGAGCGAUUGGCAGAACUCAAUUGGCCCUUAACAAGUUCAGCUGCGUUUCCAGCGGCUGUGAAAGCCAAGUUAAGCUCUUCAUAUUUACAUGUGGCAAGGCCGCCUUUCCAACAUGAUGUACAUAAAAACGUUGAGUCGUCCACAUACGUCUCGUUGCCAUACCAUGUUACCAGCAUUUUUUCUAAGAUUGUCGAUGGACACCAUAGCAGUAUUAAACAAGACGGUGGGCUUCAUAUUGGAGCCAACGUCAAUCCAUUAACACCGGACCCUUAUCGGUUGGUUCACAUGAAUCCAGGUUGCUUGACUUCAAUGAUAGUGCUAGCUAACGAAAGGGCUAACGACCAAACAGAAAACCGCAAUCCGUUUCGAAAUAUGACCUCGAGUUUGAAUAGGUUUUUACGAAUGGGCGCUUCCCCAGUGGAAGAGGGUCCUGAGUCUCCGUUUGUUUCGCUCUUGAACGCCAUUCCCGAGUCUUCACCUCAUUUCAUAACUCAUCCACAACUUGGCGGUCUGAAUCAUGCAACGAAAAGAAAUCUGAAAAAUUCCAACCUGAAGGUGUUUGCAAAACUCUUGGAUUUUGAUUCCAAAACCUACUAUUCGCAGGUAAAAUCUACCAACACCAAAAAGCUUCUUGUAUCUACCAACGUCAAUGUCAUAAAUGUCUUUGGCAUUGACAAAGAUCACAAACUCACAGGUACCAAAGAGUCAAACUCAACUUCUGCAAUUUUUCCGUUAACAGAGGAGAGAGACUCUCCAGCGCCAUCUUCUACCACUACGGCCACGCCUGGAUCUCAACCGCAACAACAGCCACCGCCUCCCACAAUAUUAACUACAACAUGCAAGCCAUAUAAGAAGGUGAUUGAGGUACCGUUGCUACGCUUGCAACUACAGCCAAACUUGAUGGUCACAAGCCUUCUUACCUUGGUAUGCAUGGAGACUCUUGAUCCAAUUGUCAUUUUGGGUCUCAAUUCGGGAGCCAUAUUAGCAAUUAACCUCGCUCACCUCACUUAUAGAUUUUUUGACAACUUAGGCUUGAAGCCUUCUCGUGAUGGGAGCGCGGACGCUUCAUGGACAAAUGUGUCGGUAACAUCUCUUUCAGCGAUUACACAUACCAAGUAUGAAUUGCUCGUCAUUGCUGGUUAUGCCAAUGGUGAAGUGGUUCUCAUAGACUUACUUGGCAGCGAAUCCGACAUCCCCUACGCAAAACGAGAGGUGGGACAUGAUAGUUCAAUUACGUUGUUUAAGAAGUUUGAUUUGAGUCCUUUGAACAAACUUGAGGACAGCACAGAAGUACCAGAAUCUCCUGGCUACAUUGUCGGCCACUUUAAGUUAAGUCAUAAACCUAUAACUUCGAUUGCAAGCACAAUUCCAUACCUGUCCACGCCUCCCCAAAAUCUCAUGAAGAAUCCUUUUAUUGUUGCAAUAGCUUCAGAUGAUGGUCUCGUCAGGUUGAUUGAUCUUCUUAACACACACAACAAAAAUUACGGUGAUCCACAAAAUUUCUAUAAUCAUCUGAUAGUUUCUGAUAUUGUGGCAAGCUAUUUCCAAGAUGGCAUCCGUCAUAUUGAGUUUUCACCAGACCAUCGCUUUUUCACCAUAGGUGGAAAAGGUGAUCUCAUAGAAGUCUUCAAAAUGACGUAUUACAACAUAAACGGAUUAAUCAACAAAAAGUCCGGUCACCAGCGUGGCAGGUCCCGCAGUGGCACGGUAAACAGUGGUAACUCCUUCCCGCAACAUGCGCCAUCCUUAUUCUUAUCUACCACUGAGAGCGCCACAACUUCUACAAGUUUGGAUUUCGGCCGUGAAGAUACAAAUGAGGCUGGUACUGCUUCAAGCUGCUUCUUCCCUCCAAUGAUAAAAGACAUUACAAUCGUUAGCCGACUCAAAGGACACACUAACACUGUCGAAAAGGUGAGUUUCGUUCAGAAAGACGAACUUAGUAAGUCACAUAUCCAAGAUAACUCACCUUCAAGCGCAUACAAAUUAAUGUCAUGCGGCGCUGACGGUAAGGUUAUUAUAUGGGACUUCGACAGUAAGGCCGUAUCUAGAGUCAAGAAAGGACAUCUCACUACUAGGAAGAAGAAAGACUCGAAAGAAAAGGAAAAUGCAGAGCCCACCACUCAUCAACAAGCAUUACAACCAGUUUCAAGUAGGGUGAAGCCGCUCUCCAACAAUUUGCCUCCAACUAUUGCAGUGACAAAGGCUCAACAUUCAAGAGCUCGUUCGUUAUCUUACAAUGAUGAGAAUGGCUUCACCAAAUCACCACUUGGCAACAUCGGUAUCAGCAAAAUUUUAAGUCCUAGUCCACAACGUCUGACACAUUCUAUAGAAGAUGAUGACGAAAGACAGAAAAUAGUGGUGCUGUUAUAUCGCUGGCUUUUUGAGAUCCGUUUGAAAAGACACUUCUCUGGCAGCAACGUUGCCAAAGAUGGCCGCAAAAAGUAUACCAGCAUCAUCCACAAGAUUGUGAACGACGAAGAGCUCCCUUCGAUCCAAAUCCCUUCUCUUGAGGUUGACUUUUCCUACUUCUUGAGAGAUGGUAAGAUCCAGAGCUAUCUGGCGUGUCCAGAUCGUUUUUACAUCUUUGGAAGAAACGGAGAUAUUUUCAGUUAUCUACUUGAAUAA